GGGCAAACUACCACUCCUAAAUCUGGUGUUGCAACCACUACAGAGAUGGUUGGGCAAACUACCACUCCCAAAUCUGGUGUUGCAACCACUACAGAGAUGGUUGGGCAAGCUACCACUCCUAAAUCUGGUGUUGCAGCUACUACAGAGAUGGUUGGGCAAACUACCACUCCUAAAUCUGGUGUUGCAACCACUACAGAGAUGGUUGGGCAAGCUACCACUCCUAAAUCUGGUGUUGCAACUACUACAGAGAUGGUUGGGCAAACUACCACUCCCAAAUCUGGUGUUGUAACCACUACAGAGAUGGUUGGGCAAACUACCACUCCCAAAUCUGGUGUUGUAACCACUACAGAGAUGGUUGGGCAAACUACCACUCCUAAAUCUGGUGUUGUAACUACUACAGAGAUGGUUGGGCAAACUAGCACUCCCAAAUCUGGUGUUGUAACUACUACAGAGAUGGUUGGGCAAACUACCACUCCCAAAUCUGGUGUUGUAACUACUGCUGAAUAUUCAACUGCCACACCAUCACACAAUUGUUCUUGGGAUUGUAAAUGCUUCGUUACCUGUCAAAAUCAAAAGUUACUUGCUGAAGGGGAAUUACCAUCUCGUUGCGGCACCGAGGCUGCGACUGAAUGCGACCUUUGCACUUGUGAGUCGGGCUAUAUCAAGGAUUCAAAGACACGCAAAUGUAUUCAGAUGGACACCGGCUGCAAUCGACGAUGUGUUUAUAACGGAAAAACCAUUGAGGAGGGUUCGUAUUUCUGGAGAGGUGAUUGUCAAUAUUGUCAAUGUUUGGAUGGGAAGGAGCAUUGCCAGAAUAAUGUGUGCAGAUUAUCCCAGGCUGCUUGUGAUGAAAUUGGACAAAGAUUUGUUGAAAUGCCAGGUACUUGUUGUUAUUGUGCUCCUUACAAUGUCACAAUCACCACAUCAACAUUGGCAACAACAAUCGCUUUUGUGACGUCAAACCCAACAACAGAAGUCAACAAUUGCAUUUAUGAUGGAGUAGAUUACAACCAACCAUCGCCACAUAACAUUUGGGAGAAUGGAUGCAACAUCUGCCGUUGUGAAAACAAUACCCAAGAAUGCAGCAAGGUUUGUAGAUUGGAGCAAUCUUCGUGUGGGGAUGGAGAGAUCUUGAUGAAUGAUCUAACUUCUGAUGAAUGUUGUGAAUGCGUUGCUCAAGUUUGCGAGGUUGAUGGGGUUUACAAAAAGUUUGGAGAAAGUUGGAAUGUUGAUGAUUGCGUGACUUGUUCGUGUGUCGAUUUCACAACGGGGGUUCAUUGUGAAAGUCGAGAAUGUAAUGCUACUUGUGAUGUCACACAGACAUUGGAACUCGUGGAGGGGGAAUGUUGCCCUAAAUGCGUUGAUCAAGCCCCAAGUUGUUCCCCUGUUGCGAUCCAACACGUCAUAAACCUUGAUGGUUGCGUCACAGAAGGAUCUGUUCAACUUACAGCUUGUGUUGGUAGUUGUGCUUCAAACGUCACAAUGAUUGAUUCUCCACCUUUUAUUCAGACGAAUUGUCAUUGUUGUAAACCCGAUGACAUCAGACAUCGAAAUGUCACGCUGACAUGCCCAGGUGGAAGAAUGGUUGAUCACAUGAUCCCUGAAAUAUUAUCGUGCGCAUGCGCAGAGUGCGCGUACGAACCUGCGAUUAAACCUACGCAGCCCGAUCAAAAUAAUUGAUCAUCUUAUAUGGAAAUAUAUGGAAACGACCGCUUCUUAUUAUCGACCUUGAUUUUUGCCUCGCCGCAGCCUUCGUACCUAUUCUAGAUAUUGCUCUAUAUACUACACCCCCCCCCGCUACAAAAAAGUUUUUUCUUUGCUGCGGCGAAUUAUCUUGUUUUACUUUUGUAGGAGUAGAAUUAGUUUUAGCAGUUCCAUUACAUGCAGUGUGCAAUUGGCGAAGUAGAACAAUCCGAAUACAAAUUGAUUAGUUUA